AUGGCUUUUGCCAACGAUUUCGUUGCGACCGGAAGUGACGGGGUGGUAAAGGCCAAUGCCUCAUGCCUCGGAAUCCCUCCCGCAAUUGAAGCUCCAACAGAAGUAGCACAGCACAAAUGUUCGAGUCUUCGUGUUCUGAAACAUAUCACGAGUAAAUGGCACAAGAGCACAUUCCAAAGCGCCGACGCGACGUAUGCACAAUUUUGGAAAGUCCUUUACAUUGGAGGGCUUGAUGCGACAUGGAAGGUCGAUGACCUUGAUCGUCUGAAGCACCGGUUCCAGUGGGUUCUGGAAUUCAUUGAAAGUGGUUCCUUACCACCCGAGGCUCAAAAUGCCGAGAAAAUCUUGUAUGAAGACUUGAAAGACACCGCACUUUCCAGUACUAGGCAUCCCUAUAGCUUCGAAGGGCGCCGGACUGACGAUUCCUUGUUGAACCCAGACUUGUCACCCGUGUGGGUGAAAGAAUUCUUGAUUCACCAAGGCCGCUUCAAGGAAAUAGAUGCUUGGGAGAAGGCAAUGUACACAUUUCAAUCCCAGUGCUACCUUCUUUCUAGGACAGAUAUCCCAGCAAGUCUUGUAUCACCAGGAAUUCUGCCUCGGCCAGAGACGAAAGAAAAGCUGACUGCUCUUGAUUCGGAUUCGGGACCUUCCCAUGACCAAUCACCACCAGCGGACUCACCAACAGAGGAGGAGAUCCUCGAACGCAAAGGGACAAAGUGGAGCGCCGAAGAAAGUGAGUAUUUGGAAUAUCUCCUAGAGUUAGGGGACAACAGGCAAACUCGAAUAUACAAAUUCACAAAAAAGUUCCCCCAUCGUGGGGAAUAUUCCCUCGACAAGAAAGAAGAAAGGAUCAGAAAAGUUAAGUUUCCUGAGUAUAAGCCAGCCCAACAUAAGCGUACGUCCUGGACUACUGCUGAACGGGAGUAUCUGAUCGAGCUUAUACAAACACUUGGGACCUGGGACGAGAUCCUUGACGCAUUUAAUGAAAGGUUUGACACCGGCAGAACGAAAAAGGGGCCCAGAGGUUAUGCUUCCGAAAACAAGUUAGGCUCACCGGUCCCGAGUGAAGGUGCGCCUUGGACCGAUGAAGAGGACGUCUACCUCAAAUCUCUGCGCGAGGAACAGAAAUCGCUGAAAGAGAUUGCUGUUUUGCUUGAGGAGAAAUUUGGUGUCAAACGCUCAUCGCAAGGUUGCAAGAGAAGAGCCUUGAAAAAAGGCUUCACCGCCGGUGGCACAUCAAAACAACCUUUUACUGAAGAAGAGGAAGACCGAAUUCGAGAGUGGAAGGCUUUAGGCCUUAAGCCGAAGGAGGUGUGCAAGCGAUUUUGGGAUCAGUUCGGAACUGGUCGUUCCAAAAAACGAUUGAUGGUAAGAUGA